UUAUUCCAAUAUAAGAUCGCCCCCCAGGACACCCCCGACCCCUACAGCUUCGGCCUGGAGGUGAACGACGACGAGUUCACCAACUACCAGUCCCGGCAGGAGAGCCAGGACGAACAGGGGGUCGUCCGCGGCCAGUACUCCUACGUGGCACCCAACGGCGUCCGUAUUACCGUCACUUAUACGGCGGAUGCUGUUAAUGGGUACCAGGCGUCGAUCAAGGAAGAGCAAACCGACAUCAUCGUCCGGCCUCCAGUCCCCGCCCCGCUCCCCAAUGACGCUCGCGCAGCUCCCCUCAGAGCCUAAUUCCCCCUGAGCCUUAUUUCCCACAGAGACUUUUUCCCACGGAGUCUUAUUCCCCACAGAGUCUUUUUCCCCACUGAGUCUUAUUCCCCACUGAGUCUUAUUCCCCACUGAGUCU